AUGGAAAGAAACCUUCUCUGGAAGAUCACCGAUCAUGCUUUUCACGCGGUACCGCGACUCCAGCGCCUCCUACUUCGGGGCAACCGUCUAGCCGUCCAAGCUGGCAGCUUUUCCAUUGUAGCUCUGCUCCAAUUGAAGCAACUGAGAGAGCUCGAUCUCUCCGAAAAUCCCCUCGGCCAACUGCUUGCUAACUUCUUUCCUCCAUCCUUGCUAGAACUGCGUUUAGAAAACACAAUUCCUGGCCUAGUGUUUCAACCAACCGCUCUCAGCGAACUCAAAAAUCUUCAGGAGCUCAGUCUGGCCAACAACUCCUUCAACGGUUUGCCAAUACACCUGGAUAGCGAAUUACGAUCAUUGAGAAACCUUAAACGUUUGUACUUAAAUGGUAACACUUGGAACUGUGACUGCCAUCUAACCUGGCUUGCUCGUAUAGCACGUGGACUCAAUGCUACUGCAUUGUGUUACAGCCCCGAGGCCCUAAAAAACCGAAUGAUUGCUAAUCUUCCGUUAGCAGAGUUUCAGUGUGCACCGGUAGCGCUAAAUAAGAACGGAGUAGAGAACCGGAUCACCGAGGUGGAAGUCGGUUCGACCGUGACGAUGGUGUGCCACUUCUAUGCGGAGCCCAGAGGUCGGGUUCGGUGGUUCCGUGGUCAGAUGGAAGGUGAGGAGGGAGAGGUAGAACCGACGGCAAUAACAGCGGUGAAGAGAGGUGUGGUUGAGCGAGUUUUAGGAGACUCCCUUACCAAGACCAAUCUUACGUUGCGUGAAGUACAGGCGGGUGUGGACGACGGGGUGUAUCGAUGUGAGGCAGAAAAUGCGCGGGGCAAGGACGCCGUUGUCUUUCGCAUUCGAGCAUCGUGA